UUUUAGCGUGUCUCCUUACUUUCAGUAGUAGUUGGAUACACGUGGUCAAGGGAGGAAAACCAGGAGAUGCGGACAAGAUCUUAUAUUUACCUGGACUUGAUCUACCACAAAAUUUCACACAAUAUUCAGGAUACCUUAAUGGUGUUACUGACAAAAUCAAAAUUCAUUAUUGGCUUGUUGAAGCUGCGACGAAACCAGAGUCUGCGCCCCUAAUAUUAUGGUUGAACGGUGGCCCUGGGUGCUCAUCAUUAGAAGGCCUACUUUCUGAAAAUGGUCCAUACAUGCUUACAAAGGGACCUACUCUUCUAAAUAAUAAUCCAUACUCUUGGAAUAAACUCGGUAAUGUGCUUUACUUGGAGUCUCCAGCUGGUGUAGGAUUCUCUUAUUCUCUUGAUGGUAAUGUUACCACUGAUGAUGAUCAGACGGCAUUAAAUAAUCACCAUGCACUGCUUCACUUCUUAGACAAGUUUCCAGAAUACGAAGGUCGUAAACUGUAUAUCACUGGUGAGAGUUAUGGUGGUGUUUAUGUGCCUACACUGGCAUUACUGCUUAAAGACUCACCGAGAUUUAAACUUGCGGGUAUUGCAGUCGGUAACGGGUUGACAAGUUACAAAUUGAAUGAUAACUCCCUUUUGUAUUUUAUCAAAUAUCAUGGUCUUAUCGGUGAAAGUUCAUGGAAAGACCUGCUUGCUAAAUGUUGUAGUGAUCAAUGCUCAACGUCGUGUGUAUUCACUGACAACAAAUCUGAAGAAUGUCAACUACUUAUCGUUCUGUUGACCGAAGAGCCCUUAAAGGGUAUAAAUAUAUACAAUUUAUAUUCUGAAUGUGCCGGCGGUGUGAAUACUCUCUUGCAACAACGUACGCCAAUGUCCAUUGCUGGAAUAGCCUCAACUCUACAGUCGUCAAAAGCGUAUAUUCAUCAUGAUUUUGGUAAUCUGUUUCGUGAUAAUAUUUAUAUGAAAUAUCGUCGUUAUGUGAAUUCUGCACUACGUCGUAAUCUAACUACACGUUUAACAAUACCGUGUGUAGAUGAUACACUGAUACGUAGUUAUUUAAACUCACCUGUUGUUCGUCGACUUAUCAAUGUAAAACCAGAUGUGCCAAAGGAAUGGGAUAUAUGCAGUGAUGAAGUCAAUGUUAAUUACAUUCGUACUUAUAAAGAUUUAUCUGAACAGUAUAUGAAACUACUUCAAUCCGGUCCUACUUUAUCACGUCGAUUUUGGUUAUACACGGAGAGUGAUGGCACAAAACAGGUUGGUGGAUUUUACAAAAUGUUUGAAGGUCAUGGUUCAAUUCUAAUGUAUGCUACAGUUCGUGGAGCAGGACAUAUGGUGCCUGGAGAUAAACCUGCUGCUGCUUUUCAUCUCAUCAAUAAAUUUAUUCAUGGUGAAAAUCUGUGACAUUUGGGAUGUUGGUGUCAGGUGAACGAAUACUGAAAACCAGAACUUGAUUUCAUUAUUACCUGUACUUUCUCUUUUUUUGUAUUUGAUCUCUGUGUUUCUGCUGUAAUCAAUGUUUUCAUGAUGCAUUUCAUUAUGAAAAGAAAUCAGUAGUCUAUUAGUGAACUUUUUAAAAAUAUAUACAUAUACCUAU